AAAAAUCGGACGAUUUGCGUCGAUUUCAUGGGCAACGGCCGAACUCGCCGCCGCAUCCCCGCUCGUGCACGCAUCGUGCCGCGGCACCGUUUGGCACAGGCAUCGCUGUAUGCUCCCGCUGUCGAUCCCGCCAGCCGCAGAACGCCCGGGGGCGAUUGCGCGUGCACGGCUGCGCCGGCGGUCGUCCCGGGACGACUAUUCGCGACCUCGCGUAGGGACCGCGGCCUCGCGACCUUCGUCGAUGA